UUCUAAAUGUACCUACCUUAUCCUAUUUCAUUCACAGAAAGCCAAAUCCAGUAAUCACCCUCACUCUUGCCCAAAUUCACAGAAAAACCACCUCACUCAACACUCUUACAGCCACUAUCGUAAAUAAGUUCCAAACGAGGUCCUUUCCUCACCUCGCACCCUAAACCCCUACCCUCUGAGUCUGCGUUCAAAGAACACACGGACACUGAAAGAACGGAGAUAGCAAUGGCCUGCCCUUCGCUCUUACGCUCUGCCACGUCGUCGUUUCACGGUCAAUUCCCAGUUGUUGUGUCACCUCCACCUUUACGCCUGUCGUACGGAAACCCUAGAAAUGGGGGCGGAUUGGUGAUGCCGGUGAAGGCCUCGGCGGUAGUGCUGGUGGAGAAGUCAGAGGCAGAGAAGGUCAGUCGGCUCAAGACCACUUACCUUGAAAGAAUCGUUCCUCAGCUCAAAGAAGAGUUCUCCUACACGAACAUCCACCAGGUUCCGAAGGUUGAGAAGGUUGUUGUGAACUGCGGUAUUGGAGACGCUCAACAGAAUGCUAAGGGAUUGGAAGCAGCAAUGAAUGACUUGGCGCUCAUUACUGGGCAGAGACCCAUAAAGACACGAGCAAAGGUUUCCCUUGCUACCUUCAAGAUCAGGGAAGGCCAGCCACUUGGGAUUGCUGUCACACUUAGAGGAAAUGUGAUGUACUCAUUCCUUGAUCGGCUGAUUAACUUGGGACUUCCUAGGACAAGGGAUUUCCAAGGUCUAAACCCAAAUAGUUUUGAUGGAAACGGGAAUUAUGCCGUUGGCAUUAAGGAACAGAGUGUGUUCCCGGAGAUCCGGUUUGAUCUUGGUAAGGGCAGGGGAAUGGAUGUUUGCAUUAAAACAACUGCUAAAACAGAUAAAGAAGCUCAGACACUUUUGGCUCUGAUGGGGAUGCCAUUUAGAGAGACCGGCCCUGUUAGUGCUGUGCGCAAGAAGAAGCUCAAGUCUCACCAUUUCAGUUCAAAGGGAAGAGGACGAAGAUGAGGGUUUUGCCGUUUCGAGAGGAUGACAUUUUGCUGUUGUUUUGUAUUCCUGCCAAGUUAAAGCCACCAACAACAGUUCUCUAUGUUCAAUGAAUAUCAUCUUUAUUCUUGUUGUGUAAA